GUUGUUUUCGUUCGACGAUUUUUCUUUUCUUUUCUUUUUUUUUUUCUUUCUUUCUUUCUUUCCUUCCUUCCUUCUUUCUUUCUUUGUUCUUUCGUUGUUCAAGUGGAAACGAUUAGAUAAAAAUUGUAUGUAAAUUAAAAAUUCGCUUUAACGAUAAAUAGAAAAAUUCUCUUUUUCCCAUUUUUUUAUCACAAUGAUAAAAUAAUCAUCGCCGAGAUAAAACGAAUCAGUUAUCGCGCCUUUUUCCGGGAUCUUUACAGGAUGAUUUAAAUUUUUAGUCCAAAUUUUUAAUCUUUACAACUUAUUCUAUGUAUAAAUCGUUGCAUCGAUAUCUUUUCGAAAUAUUUACAGAAAAUCGUGGAACAGUGUAAUUUAUUCAAAAGUGACGUGGUUAAACGUAUAAAUCGAGAUUUUAUUGGUGUCAAAAAAAGUUACCAGUGGUUAAUGCACUUAUAAUUUCUGUAUUAAAUUCUGUAUUAUUAAAUGAAAAAUAUUGAAUAUUGAAUAUUGAAAUUAAAAAUCGAAUGUCUUGUAUAUCUCGUUUGAUAUUUCGUUAGAGAGAGAAAAAAAAGAAAAAUUGGUAAACGUAGAGAAAUAAUAAUGGACGAAUCGUGGUGGAGAGAAAAAAUAAAAAUAUUCCUUGAAAAUUUAGGAAAUUUCAAGUUGUCACUAAAUAUUGGUUAAAUGGGUCGUUUACUUUAUUACCCCGUACCUAACGAUUGAAUGGGAAUAAUGAUGACUUCGCUUAUCGAUCUUAAAAGAUUCUCAUCGAUGAGUGUAAUCGCGAUUUUGGCGAUGGUGGUUGGCGUCCAAGCGGAACUUAAACAAAUAAAUGUGAUAUUCCGGCACGGCGAUAGGAUACCCGAUGAGAAAAACGAAAUGUAUCCGAAAGAUCCUUAUUUGUAUUACGACUUUUAUCCACUGGAACGUGGCGAAUUGACUAACUCAGGUAAAAUGCGAGAAUAUCAAUUGGGACAAUUCUUGAGAGAGAGAUAUGGUGACUUUUUGGGAGACAUUUACACGGAAGAAUCUGUCUCGGCUCUCAGUUCGUUCUACGACAGAACGAAAAUGUCUCUGCAACUCGUACUCGCAGCGCUCUAUCCGCCAAAUAAAUUGCAACAAUGGAACGAAGAUCUGAACUGGCAACCGAUCGCCACGAAAUAUUUGCGCCGCUACGAGGACAAUAUCUUUUUGCCAGAAGAUUGUUUGUUAUUUACGAUCGAAUUUGAUAGAGUAUUGGAAUCACCGCGUGGAAAGUACGAAUUCUCGAAAUAUGACAAAUUGAAGAAGAAAUUGGAAGAAUGGACCGGAAAAAAUAUCACUACGCCAUGGGAUUAUUAUUACAUCUAUCAUACACUGGUGGCUGAACAAUCUUACGGUCUUACUCUGCCAUCUUGGACAAAUAAUAUAUUCCCAAGAGGAGAAUUAUUCGAUGCGACGGUAUUUACAUACAACAUAACCAAUUCGACUCCUUUGUUGAAAAAACUUUACGGAGGUCCGCUUCUUCGAAUAUUCACCAAGCAUAUGUUAGACGUUGUAUCGGGUACGCAAAAGAAAAAGCGAAAGAUAUACUUGUUCAGUGGACAUGAAAGUAAUAUCGCCGCUGUCUUGCACGCUCUUCAACUUUAUUAUCCUCACGUUCCUGAAUAUUCCAGUUCUAUUAUAAUGGAGCUUCACAAUAUCGAAGGCACUCACUAUGUAAAGAUCGUUUACUACUUGGGUAUCCCGUCUGAAGCGAGAGAACUUCAAUUACCCGGCUGCGAGGUACUUUGCCCUUUGUACAAAUAUUUACAAUUGAUAGAGAACGUGAUCCCAUCGAACGAAGAGUUGAUUUGCGAUAAAAGAUUCGCCGACGAGUCGGCAAACAAUUUGUCAAUCGAAGAAUUAGAUUUCGUGAAAUUGAACUUAAUAAGGAUAGCGGGUACUGAGAAUAAAUAACUAUUAUGGGAGAAUUAAUUAAUUUGUCAAUCAAAA